GUACAAAGAUAGGGAGAGAGAGAGUGUUUCCGACAAGCUCUCUCUUUAAGACAAUCCAUCUCUUUCUUCAAGCUAAGCCCCGACGGAAAGCUAAACUCAUUGCUUAAAUAGAUUCCCUCAUAUCUGAGCCGAAGGUUAACUACAUGACCGGCGCUGAGAACGGCGUGAGAAUGACGUCACCAGAGGCGUCUUCAACAUCCUCCCUCGCCACCACAAGUGUCCACGUAAGCGCUCUCGACGGACUCGUGAACGUGAACUCUCUCUUCACCAUCGCCGUCUUCGUUGGUCUUUCCUUAGCGACUCCAGGACAACACAGCCUCGAACAACGAUCCAGCUGCGACGCAAGUGCUGACGUCGCCAAGAAGCUACUGGUCUUCGAAGUCGUCUCCUUCAGCUUCUUCCUCUUCUCCUCUCUUGUAGCUCAGGGUCUUAAGCUUGCCUUAAACCUUCUUAAUAGCAAAGACGUCAACGAGAUUUUCAGAGCUCACAUCAAUAUCAAGGUUUUGAGAUGGGGAAUGAUGGCUUCUGCUGUCGGAUCUGUAAUGGGCUGUCUCUUCUUGAUGCUCUCUAUGGUUAAUGUGAUUCAGAUCCGUCUUGGUUUGCUCUCUUGCGGCAGCAAAUCGGCGGCUCAAGCUGUUGCAACGCUCGUCACUCUGGUUUCCUCUGCUCUGCUGAUUUACAUCUCUACCGCCAUUUACGCUUUCUGGCAUUGAUGCUAUGUCAAAAUUGGAUAAUGUCCAUGGCUUUGUUUUGAUUAGCCAAUGUGUAAUUUCAUCAUCAAUGCCUUCCAAUCUAGUUUUUUGUUUUUUUGUUUCGGAGAAUGAAGAAUCAAUCACAAGAUACAGAACAUUGGAUUAUGAGAAUUUGAUGUUAAGCUUUUAUGAACAGAAAUGAAGCAUUAUGUUUGUUGUUUGGUG